CUUUCAUUUGUUUCAGAAUCUUGGCAUGGAUAACAUUCCGAUAAGGGUGUUUAGCAACGAAGAGUCCAUCGGAGUUCCGUACCCCAAUAAGCAGCGGAUGAAGGUGUACGCCAGCUUGUGGGACGCCGAUGAUUGGGCGACGAGAGGCGGGAGAGUGAAAACCGAUUGGUCCAAGGCUCCUUUCGUCGCUUAUUACAGAAACUUCGUUGCUAAAAGGGAUUGGGGCAUACAAGGGCUUAACGCUCGCGGCAAAAAACAGCUGAGUUGGGUACGUAAACGUUACAGAAUUUACUACUACUGCAAUGAUCUGAAACGGAAACAGCAUCACGGUAAUGGUGGUCGUCGGCCACCAGAGUGCAAGGCGUCCAUUGGUGGCCAUGCAGCAGUAUUGGAGGAGAGUAUUUAAUGUUUGAAAGAUAUUUAAGCCCGAAUCUACGGUGGCAAUAUAUAUCAAAUGUCAACCUUCACUUGUAGUUGGUUUUAGGGUAUUAGUCUUUAUCAUCGCUAGAUUGCCAUGUCAA